AAAAACCCCCGCAACUUCAGUCGAGCUCCGAUACGGAUACAAGUAAAGGGUCUUCUCCACGCAUAAACACUUUUCUUCUUCCUCCACUCACCACAACUCAAAUAGUUACAUUCCACCAAAAGUGACUACAGGCAAAAUGUUCAACCUCAGGCGGCUCUUUGUGGCUGCUGCCCUCUUCUUGGGCGUCAUGGUCAGCUUCACCCAGACGGUGGCUGCGAUCCGGGGUCCCAAGAUCACCCACAAGGUCUUCUUCGACAUGGAGCACGAUGGCGAGCCAAUGGGCCGUAUCGUCAUCGGUCUCUACGGCAAGACCGUCCCCAAGACUGCCGAGAACUUCCGUGCUCUUGCUACCGGCGAGAAGGGUUUCGGAUACAAGGGCUCUACUUUCCACCGUGUCAUCAAGGACUUCAUGAUCCAGGGUGGUGACUUCACCAAGCACGACGGCACUGGCGGAAAGUCGAUCUAUGGUGACCGCUUCAAGGACGAGAACUUCAAGCUGAAGCACAGCAAGAGGGGUAUUCUGUCCAUGGCCAACGCCGGUGAGGACACUAACGGCUCACAAUUCUUUAUCACUACUGCCACUACUUCUUGGUUGGAUGGCCGCCACGUCGUUUUCGGUGAGGUCCUCGAGGGUUACGAUAUUGUCGCGAAGAUCGAGGGCGUCGAGAAGAGCCCCAACGACAAGCCCAUCAAGACUGUCAAGAUCGCCAACAGUGGAGAGCUUCCUGCUCCCGAAGAAGCGAUAUAUGGAAUCGCCGAAUGGGCUUCUGGCGUCAACGACGAACCAGACGACACCCCAUCCCCCGUCGCCGACGCCAAGCCCAACCAUGCCGACAAGCCCGCCGCCGCCGCCCCCAGCGAGAAGGUUGCAGAGUCGAACGAGUGGUCUGUCCUGCAGAAGGCUAUCUUCUUUGGCAUCAUCGUUGGCUGCAUUGCACUUUACGUCCGCUGGACCAGGACUCGCGACAGCAAGAACCGUGGCUUAGGUUAUGAGAAGACUAUGGCAUAGAUGACAACCUUGUAACAUAGGGCUUGGCAACCCUUUCAUUUGAGCAAACGUGAAGAGUUUUGUUAUAAAGUCGAUUUAUAUCGGUCUGUUUUUUUUUGUUUUGUUUUUUUUGAUUUUGUGAGGGUUAUUACUGUCCCGUAUCCGCAAGCGGUUCUGUUGUACAGGUUUUACAUAGCGCAUUUAGCGAAGCUGUAUGAUCACGUGUUUGUGUAU